AUGGCAGAUAGCGGUAUAGAAACGCAAACGAUUGAAAGCAUUGAGCUUAAAGUGGACGAUAACCCAAACGAAGACCACGUUGACAUCGAUAUCACUCAAGUUACAGAAGAAACAGUACAGAUGACAGUCGACAGUGAUGAAGAGCUUAGCAAAGACGAAAUGGUGAUCAUCACAGAGCAAGACUUGGAUGAUAUGACAGACUCAUCGAAGGAACGAUCAACUGAAAUUUCUGCUGACGUGAACAAAGUUUACGAAGAAUGGAUCUAUGUGGAUGUGAAUAAAUCCACCUUUGAAGUAAAGGAAAAUUUACUGCUUCUAAGUUCAGUGUACGGCAAUGGGCUUCCCUGUUGUUCAGUAAUGUGACGAAUAAAACGUGAGAGGUCCUUUUUCUAGUUGUUUAAUUUAAGGUAAAGUAGGUAAGGUUUAUAGUUCUUGUUGCUUGGCUCAUAAUUUAAGAUAGGUUUACUUUAAUGAAAGAUCUAUUACAUUCCACCCCCCUCCCCCUCCCCCUCCCUCAGACGCAUUUACUGUUAUGAAUUAUACUUGCAGGUCGAGGGGUAGCUUUUUCGAAACUUUUUUAAACAUAAGUUGACACACCAGUUUGAAAUGUUAACCAGGUCUUUAAAUUUAGUUGCCAGCCCAGAAGUGUUGCUGAUGAUUGGAUUGAAAAUGAUGUUCAUGUACAGUAGAACCUCUCUAAAACGAAGUCCAGGGUAUAAUGACUGAUAUUCUUUGCCCUAGUGAUAGUAAAAUACAUGGAAGAGAACCUCGAUAUAACCAAGCCUUGUUAUGGCAAACAUAUUUUACCAGAACCUGGCCCUUUUUUAUGCUGAGGUUCCACUGUAGUACAAAAGGCCAAAGUACAUUAGACACAGCACACACCACAACAGAAAGGGCUCACAGAUUCACCAUAUUUUGUCUGGUCAGCUUACCUGCUAUCUAGCAAGUCACAGGUAGUGUGUAGAGAAAAGUUUGGGUGCUCUUGUAAAUGUAAGUUACAAGUUACAAAGCUUGCUCUUGAUUUCUGUCAGUUUUGAUAGUGAAAUAAGACUUUUCCUGUAAGGUGUAUCUUAGAUUGACCAAGUAGAUAAGCCACCCCAUGCAAGAGAACUUAGGAGGCACAGUUUCCUAAAAGCAUAUCUGGUUCUACAUAAUACAUCUUGUAUUCUAGUUCAGUUUAGUAAUUCCAGAAUAUAUUCUUACAGAGGUAACAUAAAGGUGGUAGUCCACUCAGCGUGCAAAGAAAGCAAUGUCCAAUAGCCUGGGGCUAAUGGAUUUUUCUAUCAGGCUAGUGAAUUCUGUUUUUAACUUGCCUGAUGGGCAAGUGAUAUUUUUUUAGCAAACUGGAAUAACAGAAGAACUGUGAAAUCAAUUCUGCUCAUCAAAAAGCUUUUGGGGCUAGUUGAAAUGACGUCUGGGCUACUAAAUGCUAGCUUCAGCUUGCCCGAGUGGCAAGCUGAGAAAAUGAUUUUCUUUGCACCCUGCCACUUACUGAAUUACUCCAUGUUUACUCUCGGGUGAAGAAAAACAAGCAGAGUUGUCAUUAUAGGUCGUAACACUUAACACCUUUUACGGCUGAGCUCACUUGAUGUUAUGGGUGAUCAAAGUGGAAAGCUAAAAGCAACACUAUAAAUUUUUGUGACAUGUUAGGGUGAAUCUCCAUUUGCCACAUCUGGUUCAAAACUAAAAUUAUGACAACCCUUAAAGUAUAAUGAUAAUGUUUUCAGUAAAGUUUUGUGUCCAAGGAAGCAAUUAGAAGACAGAAAUCACAGCUUAAAACACUUACACGUGGUUUGAAAGGUACAUCAUUGUCCCUACAAAUGGUCCUUUUUAACCAGCAGCCCUAACAACAAGCAAAAACAGUGUACACACAAGACUAGUAAUAAGCACUCAUUGCAAUCAUUCAGUUAUGUUAUACCUUCCAAUUCAAGUGGUUUUUUUGAUUAGACAAGAAUGUGUCACAUGACAUGUGGUACAUUUGACAAUUUUGGGCAUUUUUUGCACUGAAGGGUUCUUGCAAAAAGGGUGCACGGAGGUUUUGGGGCAUUUUCAUUGUUUUUGCGGGAUCAAGUAAUUUUUUUCUUUUAACUUGUUAUUUGUUUUAUUUUUGAGUUGGAAGGAGAAACAAAACUUAAUGAUUGGCCUGGUCAUAGGGAACAGCAGAGCUUUGUUUCCCUUGAGUGAAGGUUGGGGGUAUCAUAAUAGUGGCCCACUUAGUUGGGUAUCAUAUAUCCUUGGUCUGAAUUUCAAAACUUGUGUUUUCUAGUAUUGUAGCCCGCUAGCAAGCUCUCCAUGUAUGGCAAGUGAAGCAAGCUGGAGAGACCGCAAGAGUGAGUGGCGAAGCCGUGAGGGGAGGACAAAUCUUUCCCACCCCUCACACUUGCAUCUCCUUUUGCGUGCUGCUAUCGUGUGACUUCUCCAACUCCCCCAAAUGGAGAGCUUGUUCACAGGCUACUUGUAUCGAGGAGGAAGCCAAGAGAGAUGUAGCUGUCAGCAUUUUACUAUUGUAUUUGCACUUUUCCCUGUCACUGUUGCAGUGUCAAUCCAUCUAUUUAUUGUUUGUUGUCAUCUCUGCUGUACUAUGUUGCUGUUUCCAGAUGUUAUUUACCCUAACAGGGCCUCAUAAUAUGUUAAUAGACUGAGCUCACAAGCUAUCUGUUUGAAAGAGUCUGGGAAGGGAAAAUCUUAUCUUGGCUUAUCCAGUUAUCUUUAUUAAAGAUUUUUGUAUGAACAAUAGAGUAUAAUCAAAACGAAUUAUAUUAGAUGUAUAUUUAUAGAGAAAAUUGUGAAAUUAUUAAUAAAACAUGACAUUUACUGACAUAACUGUAUUAAGAGUGGGGUUUUAACAUAACUGCUUUCAAACCUAACGAUUUUGCCUUCUCACCAGAACUAAAACACAUUCACUGAAAAGGGCUGUGUUGUCUUAGCCUGGAUUUCAGACGUAUCUUCCAGUUGCAUACUCCCUCAGAGACAGAAAUGUCUAGAAUUCAGGCCAGUGUUGUUUAACACUGUCUAAAAUUGUUUUCUUUAAGAAAAUAUUUGUCCUUGACAUUUUAGCGAAUGAAAGUACAAGUUUAAGCUUUCUGUUGAACCUGACAUAAUAAGAUUUAACCUUUUAUGUUAAUGUUUUAUAGGACAUUAAUAAUUAUUUUUGAAAUAAGCUUUUCGUACCUGUUUCCCUCUUUAAGGAUAAAAGAGAACAAUUGGAUUUUGACUCCAUUUUGUUAGCUCGCUUUGAAGAAGAUGGAGGCAGUGUAUAAGUUUGUUUUCUCCAGACUUGAAUAAUAUUUUAGUGUUCAGCCUUAAUGCCUAGAAGUCUAAGCACUAGUUCGCUAGCAGUCCCACAGGAUUGUCUCACUGGCGACUGGGGAGUACGUUACGUGUGAGCGAGGGAGGCAAACACGUGAGGGAGCUUUAGCUUCCCCUCACGCGUUUGCCUCGCUCGUUGGCACGAAACAUGUUCGCCCGCGCGACGGCGAGGAGCCCCCUCAAGUAGGUUUCUAAAUGGGCUCUAGCUCUAGACACGCGAGAAAGGUGAGACGCGGCGGUGAGUCUCGCCUUUCUCGCGUGGGUUGAUUUUCAAGCGCGCUCACGUUUCGCUCGCUCUACUAUCCCCGAGGAAAAAUGGGGACAACUCGUAGUCUACUCUAGCUCUAUUUUACUAAAAUAAAAUAGAGGGAUCAUAAAUGGUCAUAAAUGCUUUUCGGUAUAUUUAUAUGUUGUAUUGUAAUAAUUCAGUUUUAAGAGGGCUACCGUAAUGGCAAAAUAGAAAAGAAAAAACAGAGGACAAAGUUUAAAAGAUAAAACGUCGGGUUACGCUUUUUCCGUGUAGCGCCGAUUACACGUUGUGCCGCUACGCUUUUCAUUGACAAACCUAGUUUUUCUCUAUCUUUAUCGGUCUAUUGUUUGGUAUUCUGCAAUUUGCAAUUAAGGCCAAUUUUCCCCCAUUUUGCAGGAUUUAGAGUGAGCCAGUUGAAAAUCUAUAUUCAUACAAACAUCUUUUUGCACCUGUACACAUUUUUCCUCCUGUUUUCCUUUAAUGGGAGGAAGAGGGAAGGCAAACUAUCAAUGAACUGCACCCUGCUUAUAACCUAUUUAGGGCCAUUGGAACUGCACUAGUCAGAUCAUGCUCUUAGUUCUUACCGCAACCUUCUUCUCAGGGCUUUCCCUUUUAAAGGACUUUUGUAAACAGUUUUCUGACAUAAACGAUCUCAUCCACACCUUACCUAAAUCCUGAAUAAAUCGGAUAAGAAGCUAUCACGUGAUGGGCUCUUGCUCGGAUGGAAUGUUUGCAAUUUAGGGCCACGAAAAGAAAUGGCGGCCCAAGGGUAGUAUAAGAGUUCGUAUGAGAGGUUAUAGAGAGUUUGAUGGGAAAUAGUAAUGUAGUACGAAAAUUUGUACUAUAUUGCCCCUUACAGUCGUCUUCGCAAAUAAAUGACGCCUUAGUGUGACGUUCAGUUACGUCAGAGUGGAUAACAUCUUCCUGACUAAAGUUCAUUUCCUGUUUGGCGACCGCGCGUGGUUUUAACUGAAGCGGAACUUUUCUAUUCUCCUUGUGUUAGUCAAACCGUGUGUUGCUUUGUACACAACUUAUACACGAAGGCGAGGAACGUUGUAAGGUAAGUGACAUUUCAAAUGCUUAUUUGCAGCGCGUUUUCGACAUUUUUCUGAUGACAAUGAAGAAGGUACCCAAGGAUCUCGAGUCCUUUUUGUAAACAACUAACCGCCAAAUAAGGCCUCAAAUAAGCGAAUCACAAGUGCCUGGCAAUGUUGAAACAAAAAGCACCGCAAAAUUAAUCGUUGAUAUAAAUAGAAAUAUUAUUCAGUUAAGCUUUAAGGUCGUCAUUUCAGAAUUCAGAGAAAGAAACCGAAAAAAAAAAUUAAAAUAAAUAAGAGCAGUAAUAGGCAAAUCAAUGAAGCUUACUUGCUAACCGUAAACUUGAAAAUUGCACAUGGAAGGAGUGAAACACUUGGCGGAAGUCUUUGACAAAAAGGGGUAAUGGUUUUAGUUUGCUUCCAUUUAAUACUACCAAUAAGAGAACUAAAUUUCACAAGGAAAGGAAUCGUGAUGAUAGACCCGGAAUAGUCUUAGUUUCCGCGUGUCAGCGAGCUAUAGAUAUAUAUUUUUUAGCAACAAAUUUUUUUUUGCAGUCUGUCUACUUUGAAUACAUGUAGUUCAGUGUGACAUAGUUUCGCUAUUUUAACAAUCCGGCCAGUAGUUGGUUUAUACUCAGGCAAAUUUGACAAGUGCAAGGAAAGCUCUUUAAAUGGUAUUCCUCUGUUUUCUCACUUCAUUUUAGAUCCCGCUUUAAGAGGAUUUCUCAGUUACGAAACCUGAGACAUGUGUUCCUUUAUGUGUGUGUAUUGCUGAAGGUCAAAGUAGCUAGGCCACAUCAGCUUUCAAUCUCCUCUACAACCUGCCACCUUUGAUGAUAAAAACGACGAUGAUAUAGUUUUACUUCUAAGGCAUUUUGGCUAGAUGUAAAUCUUAUAAUCGAGAAGUGCUGCUAGCCGCUCUAAAAACCCGAGAAAAAGGAUAUUUUUUUCUACCAGUCGUACGAAACCAAAUGAAGGUGGCAAAUUAUCCAAAGUUCCGAAAGCGUGAGGGGGCAGUUUUGUUUAGGAUAAUUCACCAGUCUUGAAUGUUUUAGCUAAGCCACCCAAAAAGAUAUUCCAGCGAAAAUAUUCAUUUGGUAGCUGAAGAUAAUAUCGCAUAAUUUAUUUUUUGGGCAUUUUCGAAUCGGUAUCCUCUACUAAGGUGGUUUACAGGUUAUACCUGGGUUUCAGUUUCACUGAGCAAAGGGCAGUCGCCUAAUUCUCCCUAUUUCUUUAUUCAGACCUUGAAAAAGUUAAAAUUUCACCUUAUGAAAAACGGUAACGCAAGUAUUGGUUGAAUCACUGUAUCGAUAUUUUUAAACACAAACUGGGAAAAUAUUUUCACGUCUCAAGUCUCGCAAGUCUCGUGUCCUAUAUUUCCGCCUUAGAAAAAUACAACACACCACCUCUCUUUAUCUUAAGCAAAAUCAUUUUUGUGUUAGUACCUUAGAAAGUAUGCAGGCCGGCAGCCUACGAAGCCAUAUACCUACGCUUAUUAUUUUUAGCGAAGACCCUUGUUAUAACCCUUUAGGUCCCAAGAGUGACCAAAGUCAAUUUUCUCCCAACAAAAUCAAUACAUAAUCAAAGGAAAAUGUUGUGAGAAUUAAUAAAAUAAUCACCUGAUGGGAAAAGCUUCGAUAUACAAACAAAUUCUCUUAACCAGUUCUUGAAGGAAAUGUAUGGAGAUCAGUCUGGAGAAUUUGUAUGUGGAUAUUGGGGCUUAAAAGGUUGAACUGACAUGUAUCUCGUUUAUAGCGUGCGGCAGAACACGUUCACUGCAAGCAGAGGUCUCUCAAGGCGAAGGAUCGAUAAGACUGUCAACCAACAGGUUAUGACCUCACUUUCGAAUGUCAGCAAAACGCAAGAUCGUUUUGCAAUAUUGCGGCGCCGAUAUUCGCUGCCGGGUUUUUGUUAUGAUUUCUCUACUCUAUUUCGUGACCAUUGUAUACUGGGCCACCUACGGUCGAAUUUGAAAUUCAAGUUGUCGAUCAUCACAAAAAUAGUUUUCACGAGUUUUCUGAUAAAUCACUGGACAGGAAAUGAUUUGGGUAGGUUCUGCACCCAGCCUUAAUAACCUCGAUAUAGCGAACCUCUAUUUAACGAAGUCCUCGGUAUAACGAACGAUUUUCUUUACCCCAGUAGUAGUAAAAUAUAUGAAAAAGAACCUCGAUAUAAUGAAACCUCGUACAAAUGUUGCCAGUCCCUUGGCCCUUCUUUACAUCGAGGUUUCACUGUCUUCACUGUAUAAAGGCGAUAAAAGAACCCUUUAAAAGGAAACAACGCUGGAAUAGGAUAGAGGGAGAAGGAGAGUAUAUUCGAAGUUCUUUAACUUCAUUUCCAAGGCGUCCAUUCCGGUUUACAGAAUAGUGAUUAGCACUGCUGUCUAUCUUUGGAGACACACAGGCUGAAAUUAAUCACCACAUAAAUUAUGCAAUAAUAACAUUAUAUGUGGCAUAUUUUAUGUGAACUGUUGAUUAGUCUAUUGCGUAGAAGCUUCAACAUUAUUUUUUGGAAGCAGAAUUUUAGUAAUCUGAGUCUCAUUUGAGUAGGCUUAGCGCGUGAUAGAAGGACAGGCACAACGAGAGAGGUACUAGUUUUCUUUCUCCUCGCGCGCGCGUCUUCGUUUCACGUGGCUGGCAGUAUUGCUGUUUUUUUGCGCUCAAAUUUUUCAUGCACCUGUUUUGCAAGGUGUAAGUGGACGUAAUAUAACAUGCAAACUCAACCCACUCUUUCACAAAUGAGUCGCUCUUGGAGGAACACAUCACAUCAAUCAAUCAAUCAAUUAAUCAAUACUUUUGUUUUAUGACCGACAUCCUCGCCUGCAAUUCUUUAGUUUAAUUAUUUAUUGUCGGAAAGAAAAAAAUAGCAUAACCUUUAAAUGUUGAGAAUAAAAAAAAUAUUACGUACACAAGUCAUGAGCUAUGUAGAAACUUUUUACGUUUGGAACAUUGAAAAGUCGAUGAGCAACAUGAAGAUCAGUAUGCGGCAAGAAAAACAAUUAAUUGCCUCCACAUCCUGGCUAUAAGAUUUACACCUUAAUUUACAUAAUUAGCAAGCCGCUGUAACUUAAUUAAGAUGAAAUAUUUACAUUUGCAAGAGUAAUUUUAGAUUCCAACAAGUUUUGCAUAAGCAGUGCCAAUUUGUCUUUAAAAGUGAACGACGCCUUUAGCCAGGUGGCUAUCCAGCCGUCUAGUGGACGGCCGCUUUUUGGGAAAAAAUAAAUACAAUAAAAAGCACAUCUUGUUGAUUCUCAGUCAGUGAUUUCAGACCCCCCUGGUAGAAUGAGGCCUUUGGCCCCUUAUCAAUUUGUGGACGGCCAUAUACUAAUAUUUCUGGCUAAAAGCUUGUGUUUUUGUUCACAGACCUUAUUCGUAAUUUUUGCAACACCAAGAAAAACCCGCUUAGUCCAAAAGAGUAGCAAAAUUAACUUUUCUUUAGGUUUAUGUUAAUUAGCCCUAAUUGCCUCUAUUGCAUAUGCAGAAUUCAAAAGAACUUUAAACUUGAAACGAGGCAUAUGAAAACAAAAGAACAACUUAAUUUGCCACCGUUGUCCAUUCCCAUGAGCUUUAUAAAAAUAUUGUGUAAACGAAUCGGCUUUUUUUGUGUUGCAGGAAAGCAAGUAAAACCAGAAAGCUCGUCAAUGACUCGAAAGAAGGACUUAGUCGGUCCUGCCUGUCAAAUUACGUGUUGUAUCGAAACGAACGGAAGCCUUUGUGGAAAGCGAAAACCUCUUCAUACAAUCGAGGACACUCUUAGCGUAGAUGAGGAAAACCACAAUAGCCAGCUAACUGAUUCAAAUGCUCUGAGAAACACUCUUAACACAGCAGAUUUGACUCCUGCUGAACUCACUAAAGACAAAGAGGGAAAAGAUCGCAGCACAAUUAAGACGGAAUUUAAGUACGUAAGUCUGCGAUCUCAGUUGAAGAAAAAAGCAGAAUCAGGUGCAGUUAGGUACAAUCGACGGAUACAGAAGUGUUACUUUGGAAUAAUGAGCAAAGACAAGGUUGGAGUCGUACCAGUUAGUCAUACCAAGAGUGUGGAUAGAUGUCAUACAAUGAACAAAAAUGCCCAUGGAAUUUCCGAAAGCUCGGUGUUCCUUUCACCGAUUGGCGAAUGGACGAUCAUCGAUCUAAAUCCUAAGAUUUUCGAGAAAGAAGAUGCGCAGAGAACGCUUUAUUUAAGAAGGAAAAGGGCAUCGUAUAAGGAGGUAGAACCAGAGAAUAUUUGUAGGAUUCUAUAA